AUGGAUGGUCCCCACGAAGGGUCCCUGAGGAUGUGUGGCUCUCCAGGACAUCACCAUCUCUGCAGCACCAGCAGCCAGUUAAGAGUAGCUGUUGGUGUGCUGCUGACCCUCAGUGCAGGCCAGCCUUCCCAUCUGGGUCGGGUCCAGAGCCUGCUGCCGUUACCACGUGCUGCUGGUAGGGGUACUGCCGGAGUCCGACAGCUUUUCCAGUGUCCUUUGGAUGAGAUUUUUAAAGAAGCCCGAUCUCCUUUUGGUGGUCAUGCCUGCUGCCUCCCGCAGGCCAGGAUGCCCCACUCCACACAGACCGUGGCCUUGGCAUGUGACAUGCUUGGCGUCAGGGGCCCUGCAAUGAAAUGGCCUUUCCUCGGGGGCUCCUGGGCCGGGACGCAGCCCCACCCUCAGGUCUCCCACGAGUCUGGCCCAGUGCUCUCGGCGGCCUCUUCACCCUCCGGGGCUCUCGAAGUCUCCCUCCUGCAGUUCUCUGUAACGCUUUCCCACUUGGAGGAGCUCACAUGGAAAAUGCAGCGAUUUUUUUCCGAAUUGCGCCCUCCUCAUAAGCCGUCUUUGCUCCAUGGUUACUUUCAGCCGCUUUGCAGGCUCCCUGCCCCACUGGACCCAGCUCCCCCCUGUCCCCCUGCUCCUGAGGCAUGGAGUUUGGCCAUCUCUGUGCCAGGACUUGGGCUGGGCUCAGCUCCCGGGAGGCACCGUAGGCAGCACACCACCCCGCGCUCACCCACGGGCAUUGCUGAGUCUCAGCGGGCGUUGCCAGGCCAAACCUGCAGCCCCUCUUCCAGGACGUUCUGCCUCCCGGCACCUGCUGGGACCCUCAGGCUCAGCCCUGGGGAUGCCUCCCCCACGGCUGCUGUGGCUUAUGCCCCGCACGCCCCUGACUCACCUGGGGUUGUGGCAGCCGCGUCCCCUGCCACACACUAGGGAAAGAUUAAAAAGAGCUGCAGUGAGGACGCGCGGAUCUCCACCCCGCACAACAAACAGCAGCAUCUGCAGAGAAACACGCUCAGCCAUGAACCAGCGGGGUCUGCCAUUCAGAAACUUAAGCAAGAUAUAAAGGCAUUUUGUUCUUCUUCUCGGGCAUUCUUAAGAGAUCAUCAGGAUGAGUUUCAGGGCCGCGUUUGAAUAGUGACUGCUGAGCAGAGAACGCCCCCGAGCAGCCAGACUCUCCUGGCAUGCCAGUCAAAGGUGAUGCACCUGGAGUAGGCCUUGCAGGACGUCGGCGCACGUCACCAGCUGGAGAGGCAGAGGAGGAAGUUCCUGCACAACAGCCUGCAUCACCUAUCGGACGGGUCUGCAGUGUGUGGCCCGUGGAACGUGCAGGCAGAGGCUGACCCCAGCUUCUGUGGGUCACAGAGACCAGACCCAGGCUGUAAAUGGUUGGCCUGCGACAUGCAGAAAUGCAGAAGGAGCUGCUCAGCACCACAGGUUCACUGCCAGAUUCAUCGUCUGUUGCCUUUUGAUAGUGAAUCCGAUGAUCCAGUUUUGCAAGCAGGUAAGUUGCUUAGGACAGUGUGUGUAUGCCUGUGUGCUCAGGGAGAAGGCAGAGGAUGGCACCGUUUUAAGUGGCAUCUACUGUCUUACCCCCGGUCCCACAGCAGGGCAUUCUUGAGUGUGGGUUUCAGACUUGGUUGUGCUGGCCCUAGUGCUUUCUGCACGUUCUUGACUGGUGGCCGCCAUGAGUCACCUGUCAAGGGACAGGAAACUUGGCCCGUGGAGUGUGAAACAGUUCUGGUGAAAUGUGAUCAUCCUGGUCCCCUCCCAAUUAAUAAGACAUACCAUUUUGAAAGGGUUUAUGGUCCAGCAGCAUCUCAGAGCGCGGUCUUUGGAGAUGUAUGCCCCCUACUCGUGUCUCUCUUGGAUGGGUACCAAGUUUGUGUUAUGACGUAUGGACAGACGGGCAGCGGGAAGACCUACACCAUGCUGGGAUCCCAUUCGGACGAUAACCCUAUCCUGCCUUUCCUCCCACGGGACUUAGGAAUUAUCCCCAGAGAGGCUGAGGAGCUCGUCAGGCUUAUUUCGGAAAAUCCCUCAAGAAUCCCAAAGGUUGGAGUCUCCAUCGUGGAAGUUUACAAUAAUGAUGUUUUUGACCUUCUGGCCAAAGACAGCGUUGUAGCUGUGUCAGGGGUCAAGCAUGAGGUGAUGACAGCCAAGGAUAGCCGGAUAGAGGUCGUGCUGCUGGCCUCUGAGGUGGUUGGCAGCACCUCGAGACUGAUGGAGCUCGUUCGUGGAGGUCCACAGCUCAGGGCGAAGCACCCCACCCUGGUGCACGUGGAUUCUUCCCGGUCUCACCUGAUAAUUACGAUGACUUUCACAAUAGUCACCUGCUCUGACAGCACUGCAGACCGAACCUGCAGUGCCACCCUCCCCAGGGAACAAACAGAGGCAGGACGGGCAGGAAGGAGCUGCCCUGCUUCUCUCCGGGCUGCACAGCUGCUUCCUGGAGGCCCUGCAGAGUGCGUGGAGCAGGUGUAGGCCUGGCUGCAGCUUGUGAACUUGGCCGGCAGCCAGUGCGUCAGUGUGUCUGGGGCCACUGGGGCGGCCCUGAGGGAGACAGCGUGCAUCAACCACAGUCUUGCAGUCCUGGCAGACGUCCUGGGGACCUUGUCGGAGCGCCUCGGCCAUGUCCCAAACCAGAAGAGCAGACCCACCCACCUCCUUCAGGACUGCCUCCGAGGCGAUGCAAAGCUGCUGGUGGUUCUGUGCGUGUCUCCCAGCCAGAGGCACCUGGCGCAGAGGCUGCAGGGGCUGCAGGGACUGUGCUUUGGAACCCGUGCUCAGUGAGUCCAGCGAGGCCCAGCCAGAAAGAGGCAGACCAGCUCCCUGGCGGAGGGAAAGAAGCGGCCGGAUUGA